CAACUUCGGGCUUAUCCAACUCCUAGGGAGAACAGGAAGCGACCUAGGAACAGCGCCCCGAGCCGAACGGCGCCGGGCAUUGUCCUCACACUUCUGUUUCCGCUCCAAAGGAGUCUCUACUAGGCAAGAUAUAGAGACCUAGAUUCUCUCAUAAGAUCCACGCGACCGGCGCCUACUGCUGGCGUGCUUGCUGGGACCCCCUUGUCCCAUGAUCCUUGGCAGUAGCCGCCAGUGUGCCUUCACCUGGAUCGGGUGGACGUCAGCUUCCGGCCUCCGGGGUGGGUAGGAGUGGGUAUCGAGUUGACGAGGGAAGGAGCAGCCAUUUUGAGACAGAUGAGCACGGAAGGGACCAUAUUGAGAACUCUGGAUGCCUGGGGCCGCCAUUUUAAGUAUGGGCCCAGCUGAGAAGCCCUGUACGGUGAAACGCUGUGACAUGCGGCCGCCAUAUUGGUGCGGAUCCCCUUGGCGGCGGCCAUCUUGGACGGAGACCUGCUGUGGGCGUCGCCAUCUUAGAAGUAAAACGGCCCCUUCCCAGGAACUGGAACCACGCUCCUCCCCUCUCACUGGAACGGUAACACAGGAGCUGUCCUCUGAGACUCUGGAUGACUUUAUUCUUCAAAUGGCUUUACACUUCCAAUAGUUCCAGGGACCCUCCAUUCCCCAUAUCCAGGAAAAUGUGAUGAGCUACAGGUAUCAGCUUCUAGAUCACCACUUUAACGUUCUAGCUACAAGUGACUCGAGUGGAAGAUCCAGGGGCGGCGAGGUCCAUCAGGAAGAUGUCUAAAGAAAUGGCAGACCGAAGAGAAGAAGGAGCAGCUGGGGGAAAAGAGGCGUGCAGAGAUCAGAUCAAAGAAUCGGACAAAGACGAGGAACCACCACCAGCUGCUUCAUCCCAUGGCCAGGGGUGGCGUCCAGGUGGCAGAGCACCUAGGAACUCAAGGCCUGAACCCGGGGCCAGACCCCCUGCACUCCCCAUCAUGGUCAAUGACCCACCAGUACCUGCCUUACUGUGGGCCCAGGAGAUGGGCCACGUCCUGGCAGGCCGUGCCCGCAAGCUGCUACUGCAGUUUGGGGUGCUCUUCUGUACCAUCCUCCUCCUGCUCUGGGUGUCUGUCUUCCUCUAUGGCUCCUUCUACUAUUCCUACAUGCCGACGGUCAGCCACCUCAGCCCCGUGCAUUUCUACUACAGGACCGACUGCGAUUCCUCCGCCUCCUUACUCUGCUCCUUCCCUGUUGCCAAUGUCUCACUGGCUAAGGGUGGACGUGAUCGGAGACGGGGCUACCUUGGGCAGGUGCUGAUGUAUGGACAGCCGUACCGCGUUACCUUAGAGCUUGAGCUGCCAGAGUCUCCUGUGAAUCAAGAUUUGGGCAUGUUCUUGGUCACCAUUUCAUGCUACACCAGAGGCGGCCGAAUCAUCUCCACCUCUUCACGCUCCGUGAUGCUGCAUUACCGCUCAAACCUGCUCCAGAUGCUUGACACCCUGGUCUUCUCUAGCCUCCUGCUGUUUGGCUUUGCAGAGCAGAAGCAGGUCCUGGAGGUGGAGCUGUACCCAGAAUACAGGGAGAACUCGUAUGUGCCGACCACCGGAGCCAUUAUCGAGAUCCACAGCAAGCGCGUCCAGCUGUACGGAGCCUACCUCCGCAUCCACGCCCACUUCACUGGGCUCAGGUACCUGCUGUACAACUUCCCGAUGACCUGCGCCUUCGUUGGUGUCGCCAGCAACUUCACCUUCCUCAGCGUCAUCGUGCUCUUCAGCUACAUGCAGUGGGUGUGGCGGGGCAUCUGGCCCCGACACCGCCUCUCUCUGCAGGUAAACAUCCGAAACAGAGACAGUUCCCGCAAGGAAGUCCAGCGGAGGAUCUCUGCCCAUCAGCCAGGGCCCCAAGGCCAGGAGGAGUCCACUCAGCUGUCACCCAUUACAGAGGACAGUGAGAGGCGCGCAGAUCCCUCGGAGCCAGAAGGCCAGCUGUCUGAGGAGGAGAAACCAGAUCCACAGCCCCUGAGUGGCGAGGAGGAGCUAGAGCCCGAGGCCAGUGACGGUUCAGGCUCCUGGGAAGAUGCAGCUCUGCUAACGGAGGCCAACCUGCCUGUUUCUGCCCCUGCCCUUGCCCCGGAGACCGUGGGCAGCUCCGAACCCUCGGCAGGCACUGUCCGCCAGCGCCCCAUUUGCUCUAGUUCCUGAAGAGAAUAGGGCAGAGUCCCCACACUCCAGCCCUCUCCCCCCUGAUCCCUUUCCCUUUCCGGGGCUCCCCCAAUAAACUAUUUUCGUGCCA